CUGUCUGCGUACAAGGUCAGUGGUGGAGCACAUUUAUUCCCGUCAUAAAAAUCAUAUCAGAGUUAAUACUGACCACAUUUAUAUUUUAACAAGCAUGGAACUCGUUUUGGGUGGAACGGCCGCAGUUUGCGCAGCAUUUUGGACUAAUCCUCUCGAAGUGGUCAAGAUCCGGAUGCAACUUCAAGGCGAGUUGCAGGCCAAGGGGAAUUAUGCAGUCCACUACAGAAAUGUUUUCCAUGCGGCGUAUACCAUUGCGACGAAAGAAGGUGCAACCGCGAUCCAGAAAGGACUCGUCCCCGCGCUCUGGUACCAAUUCGUCAUGAAUGGGAUCCGCCUGGGUCUGUUCCACAAGGGAGAGAGCAGGGGGUUCACGAAAAACGGGGCGACUGGAAAGGUCGACCCUGUCCGCAGCGUGAUGGUCGCGAGCGUCUGCGGUGCCACGGGCGGCGUCAUUGGGUCACCAUUCUGUCUCAUCAAGACGCAACUUCAGUCCAAGUCGAACGCGUCCGCAAUAGCUGUUGGGCAUCAGCACAGUGCGAGUGGAAUGUGCGCCGCGGUCAAGUCGAUUUUUCAGUCGCAUGGCGUCCUUGGUUUGUGGAGAGGAAUGUCUACCACCCUGGUGAGAGUUGUCGUCGUGUCAGCCGUGCAACUCCCCACUUUUGCCAAGGCGAGAGAGUAUGUGACGUCGAAAGGGUGGUUUCCCGAGGGGAGCGUGAUCAACGCGUUCAUCGCGAGUUUACUCUCCGGAGUGCUGGUGUCCAUCGCAAUGGCACCGCUGGAUUUGGUCUCCACUCGGUUUUACAAUCAGGGCGUGGACGCCAAGGGGAAAGGUCUGAUGUACUCGACGGUGAGGAACUGUGCAUGGAAAAUAUUCCGAGCGGAAGGUGUCCUUGGCUUUUUUAAAGGGUGGACCGCAAUCUACUUCCGGUUGGGACCUCACACCCUCUUGAGCCUCGUUUUCUGGGACAUUUUAAAAUCUAAGUAUAAUAAGAAGCACUAAUUGAUUACCACUGGACGACGUGUAGAUUUAUUUAUAUACAAUUAAAAGUUUUUGUACAAUUAGAAUUUUACAAAAUUAAAAUGAUCUUGUUAUUUUAA